UCUGUCCUCUCGUCUUCUUCUGCAGAAGGUUUAUUCUACCGGGUUUCUCUUGUGGUGGAGGACGAGGCCGCGGCGCUGACCCACGCUGAAGUGGAGCGAGCUGUGGCUCUGUGGCUCAAUCAAACCUUUCAGAACUGGACCCAUGCAGUCUACGUAGACUCCAUCAGUGUGCAGUCCGGUUUACAGAGCGGAGGAAACCCGACCAGCUACUCGUGCCGAGCUCUGCUGGUUCAUUAUUACAACACCAACGAGAGUCUGGGUGAAGCUGCCGUGUCCGCCAGGCUGUCGGGCAGUGAGGGGCUCAUGGGGGCCGGCCUGCAGGUCCACGAGGCCUCCACUGAUGUCUCUUUAAUAGAAAACUGUCCGGAGGAGAAUCCGCUCCACUACCGCUGGCCUGAGAGCAGACCCACCGUCACCCGGUACCUGCCCUGCUUCCCCAACAAGGACCAGAGCACCUCCAGGACCUGUGUCAUCGGUCCUCACAACUUCUCCUCCUAUUGGUCGGCUGCAGACGUCAACAACUGCACCGACAUCGACGCCAUCGAGGUGUCUGCAGAGAAUGCAGCUGAGGUGGCGGUGCAGCUCGCCGUCAUCACCAACAACGAGCUGUCCGAUGAGGAGGUGGCUAAAGUGGUGAUGAAGGUGAAGCAGCUGGUGAACGUGGCGAAGAUCAACAGCACGCUGGCGUCCACCGUCGUCACCAUCAUCUCCAACGUGAUGAGCAGCUCGGAGACGGCGCUCGCUGCCACCUCCGAGAAAGCUCUGAAGACAGUUGAUGAAUUGGUUCAGAAGAUCGAGUUCGAGGGUCCGUCAAUCAGCAUCACCUCCAGACACCUGGCUGUGGGGAUCUCCRCCCUCAACACCUCUGUGUUCAACGGGACGUCCUUCAGCGCCUUCAUACCUGCAAACACCACCGACCCACAGAUUGAUUUCCAGUCAGAGGGGACUCACCCUUUAGCUCAGGUGAGUCUUCCAGCGUCUCUGCUGUCCGGUGUGUCGCUGACUGAAGAAGGCCGAUCGUCUCUGUCCAGAAUCAACUUCAUAUUCUUCAGCAGCACGAACCUUUUCCAGAAGGAGCAGGACGGCCGCUCGUUGAACAGUUUCGUGGUGGCGAGCAGCGUUGGGAACCUGACCAUCAGAGACCUGAAGGACCCGGUGGAGAUCCAGAUCGCUCACCUCUCUGAACACCUACAGACUCACCUGAUUCCGGUCUGUAUGUUCUGGGACUUCAGCAUGAACAGUGGUGCUGGAGGCUGGAAUGGAGACGGCUGCAGAACCUCCGCAGAAUCCACCAGCAACAGGACCGUCUGUCUGUGUGACCACCUGACUCACUUUGGCAUCCUCAUGGACAUUUCUGGAGCAUCGCCCCACAUCGACCCGAAGAACAACAAGAUCCUGACCUUCAUCUCCUACAUCGGCUGCGGCAUCUCCGCCAUCUUCUCCGCCGCCACGCUGCUCACCUACAUCGCCUUCGAGAAACUACGGCGCGACUACCCGUCCAAGAUCCUGAUGAACCUCAGCACGUCCCUGUUGUUCCUCAACAUGGUCUUCCUAUUGGACGGCUGGCUGGCCAGUCUGGAGACCGAUUGGCUGUGCCUCUCCGUGGCCGUCUUCCUGCACUACCUCCUGCUGACCACCUUCACCUGGAUGGGGUUGGAGUCCAUCCACAUGUACAUCGCUCUGGUCAAAGUCUUCAACACCUACAUCCGCCGAUACAUCCUCAAGUUCUGCAUCGUGGGAUGGGGUGAGGGGCUUAAACUAACUAAGUUUCACUUCAUUGUAAGCGCUGAAUGAAGUCGAAGUGACUUCCUGAAUCGCAGGGCUGAAAAUUAGAUCAACAUUCACUUUAAGUCUAAUACUAAAAGAAGUUGAAAUGUCAGUUGAAGUGGAAAUCCUAGAAGAAAGUAGUGACAGUUCAAGUGUCCGGGCUGUGAGACGAUGUCUGAAGUGUGUGAAUGGUGGAGAACAAGUGGAAGCUGAAAGGAUUUGAAGUGUCAGUCGAGUUAAAAGGAGACAAGUCAGUUGAAGAGUUGAAUGAAGAUAAAUGUCAGUUGAAAAGAAACAGACGAAAGCAAUUGAAGGAUAAAAGAUGAAAGCAGUUGAAGUGUCAGUUGAGAUUUAAAGAUGAAUUCAGUUCAAACGUCACUUGUCCUUUGGCAACUGAAUGCAGUUGAAGUGUCAGUGGAGGAAUAUUAAAGUAGCUUGAUUGUCAUUUGACGAGUACAAAAUGAAAGCAGUUGAAGUGGCAGUUGAAAAAACAGGAUGAAUGUCUUCCCAGAUAAUUGAUUAAUAAAGUUGGACAUUUUGGAUGUUCGGAAAGAGUUUAUUAUUUUAUUUAAUCACUUUGGUUUGAUGUACAUCUGGACUUGAAGGUCAAAGACUUCAUUCAGACUCCUCUGACUUCAGAAUGUUUUUACUUUGAUGUAAACAACAAACACUCAAUGGCCGACGUUUGUUUGUGUGUUGUGUUUGU